AGCAAGAAGAAUAAUCAUCACCAUCUAAAAUGAAGCGGGUUUCUUUUCAAUCGAGGAUUCCGACAGGAACAAGAUUUUCCAAAAACUCCCGGGUCAGCCAGGUAGCGGAAGGGAGUGGAUGUGGAGCGGAUAAGGAUCGUUUUGCAGGCAAUCUCACCAAAUAUGCAAACGAUCAACAGGCGCAACCGGAAUUGGAACUAUCCAACACAGCGGAGAAAUCGAACCAGGAAUGGCUAACGGAUUACGUUUAUCCAGACGUGGACUGGAUUGCGGAUGAAACUCCGCCACCUCUCGUUCCCAGCGAUAAGUACCAGGUUGCAUGCCGCAUGCUUCGUGUGCCAAAUUAUAUGUUGUCUCGGAAGACGCAUGAUUACAUGAGACAAGAUUACAAGAGAAGUCUUCAAAACUAA